AUGGAAUCUGCACACCUAGACCCUGCGGCAGUGGGCCCAGGAACCCAAGGCCCCCAGUUCCUGUGGGUAGAUUAUCAGGAUGGCGUACCGCAGGACCUUCCUUUCGCUCGGACCAAACAUGCUUUUAUUCGAGCCCGCAGUCAUCGAUUACGGCGGGAGACAAAUCUGGAGAAAUUGAAGGCGUCUAUGGUCCCGUUCCCGACUAGCCUAGUGCCGCCACCUCAUGAUGCGGGCCGCAACAUACGCAAUCCUCCCGCCAAAAAUCAUUCUAAAAAAGCUCGCACCAAUGACCGUGAUUUAUGGGUACCAGUACUAUACCAGUCUCCCCUAGCCGGAAUAAGAGAGGCAUUUCCCUCCCUUUCUUCCGCUUCAAAUGCGAAUCUUCACUUUGAUUACUACCGUAUCCAUGUCUCCAAAGUCUCGUUUCCCUUUAGUGCCACAGAAAUGGCCACCUGUUUUUUCCGGAAGGCCCUAGACCAGCCAGCUCUGGCUGAGACCAUAUUAUUCCUUAGUGCAUCAAGCCACACCGCGAAUUUAGUCACGCGUGGAGCAGCGGCGAGCGAAGUGCGGAAGUCUUUCCGAGACAUGAUCCAACUCCGUUCUCGAGUAAUGAAGUCGCUACAGGAGAUCAUAAUGCGCCCUUCCGAGGUCCAGACAGAGCUGACAGUCGCCGUGAUUACGAAUCUCCUUUGUGUGGAGGCAGCUCAAGGGAACUUGAAGGAGGUGGAUGCUCAUGUUGCCGGCCUGAAAGGAAUCAUCAAUGUUCUAGGAGGGUUGGAAGUUCUGGGAGACUGGGCUAUAUCGACUAUAUACUGGUAG